UUGACGGGGAUGGUUGUGUAUGUUCCUCCUGUGAACAGAUUCUUGAGUGAGCCCAACAAUCUGGUUUGAAAGCUAAACCGUUGAUGGAAUUUUUCGUUAAACUUGAUGAAGAUAAAGAGUGGGUCAUAUAAAAGGGAAUGUUGCAUUAUCAUCUUCAUAUUAACGGCUUACCAAUAUAUUAUCAUAUUACCUCAAUGCGCAUUACUUUUUAAAAUUGAACGAUCAAAAUUUCGAUAGUGUUUAAGUUACGUUUGAAUAUAAAAAAUAGCUACGGACUUCCAGCCAAAGAAGCUAUCCGAAGCAUCGAAGUCUCCAAAAUGGCUUAUUUUCUGACAACAAUCUUCUGUGCCAUCGUGUUUUCAUUUAUCCAAGUGACCCCGAGUGAGGGGUUGGAGGUGCUGGGGGUGGUGGGGGGCAGGGCUGCGGUGAACGGGUCCACACCUCUGGUGGUGCUGGACUGUCAUUACGUCAUCACCCCGGGGGAGGAGGCCGGGCUCGUCGUGACGUGGUACCACGGCCAUAACCCUCGUCCCGUGUACCAGUGGAUACACGGCACCCCUCCCCAGGCUCUAGGGAUCCUGCGCGGCCGCCUUGACUUGCGCUACGAGAGCUCCCCAGACCACCUGAAGGCCCACAGCGCCUUAGCCUUCGUCACGCCAACCACCGAACUGGCAGGACCAUACACCUGCAGGGUGGCCACCUACAUGCAGGAGGACUCGGCCACGGGGGAGUUUGUAGUCUAUACUCCAGCAUCACAGUUUGAUCUCAAAAUGUCAAAACCGUUACACGACGGCAAAAUCGUCUUCGUGUGCGAUGCGCAAAACGUUUUUCCAGAACCCAACAUUGCUCUGUUCUCGACUGAUACUGCAAGCAAAAGCCGUGUCCCUCUGCCGGGUAUCCUGCACAAAGAUUACGACGUGGCGACGAACCUGUACCAAGUAUCGGUAGAAUCCUUCGUCAUGGGCCAGGAUCUCGCAGGAGAGACGUUGUUCGAGUGCGUUCUCUCUAUACCGGGCACCAGCUACGCGCUCAGAGAGACCCUUCUCUAUUACCCAGAUGUGAUCAGCCGUUCAGCUACUGCUGAAGCAGUUUCAGGUCGGAGCUUGGGCAACGGAGCCUCAACACAGGCCUGUAAUAUUUACGUGAUCUCCAGCAUUAUAAUUCUAACUAAUUUAAUUUUGUGUCAUAGAUAAACAUAUACCAAGAUAUUUCCAGCUCAUCGCACAACACAUGAAUAUAAUCUAAUAAUCAUCGUAUUCUAUAAAUUUUUGCAGUGAUGAUGGAGCUGGUCUCUGAAACGUUUUUUAACAGAUAUUGUGAAUUUAUGUGGCGUUUCCAUUACUUUUAACUUCUUACUGUACAAAAAUAAUGUAUAAUCUGUAAAAAAAUAUUGUUUCAAGAUUAUCAAAAUAGGACAGGAAACCGGCCAUUAACAAGUAUUAUUAUCUUGAGAAUUUAUUUAUUUAGUUUCUCUAGCUCACUAAUGUCGCCGCAUUUUAGUUCUAGUGUUCUUCAGUAUUAAUCUAGAUUUACGUUAAUCUAGAACUUUCAAUAAUCUUUGUUAAUUAUUGUAUGAAAUUCACUUCAAAGUUGUACGAAAUUUGCAACUGUUUUUUGUCGUGGAUCAAGAGCUAGGCGAGUUUGAAAACCAAAUAACAGCUUGUAAUCAAAUUGAUCUCAAUUGAAUUUCAUUUUCAAAAUAAAUCUUAAAAAUUUUCUGGCGCAAACUAAAAUAUAGAAGCUCGUUGCAGAAAUCGACAAAUAACUAUAUAUGUAUGCAUAAAGAGAGCUCAACAGUUGCUAAAAAAUAAUCGUUUAUGAAUUCGAUUAAGUGUGGCCCACAAAAUUUUCAUCUGUACAUCCAUUAUUAGCAUCGCUUCUAUGAUAAUAUGCCUUUUCAUGGUCAGUGAGCUUAGCCAGUAUACGUAUAUAACGUCUUCAUUGAUACCUUCUACAUCCAUGCAGUAUGCAUUCUUUUUAAGGGUUCUCAGAAAAUUUCUUGCAUCUAAUUGUGACUGGGUGAGUUUCCAUCGAAAAUAAUUUUUUUCAAAUGUUAGUUCAUAAAAAAUAUCAUCCCUAAAAAAGUGAACGAUUUCCUAACUAGUACAUCAAUUACUUCUACAUUAUGCUUCUGAAAUGAACGUUCACCACAUUGCUUGUUCCGUACCAAACGCCGAUAUUUUUUUUCAGUCCAUGUGUGAUCAAAUCCAUUCACUACAUUUUCAAAUUUUCAUUAGUGUAACUUGAUAUUUCAUGAAACUCUGUUCGCAUAUCAGGGUUCUCAUAUAAAAAUAUAGAAUUAUGUUUUCUGUGAUAUUUAGUUCUAAGGUUAAUUCUAAGUGUAAUACACUGUGAAUGAUUUGAAUACAAAGGUUUCCCUCCGAUGUUCA